ACAUGGCCGCGCCACGCUUCACUUAAUCAAACACGACGCACACACACAAGUGUAGUAGUUACCGUCGAGAUGCACGACACUGCGGCCAACAAAGAGGUGAGUAUCUCCUGAAAGAAAAACUAUCUCUGUGUGUGUUUGCAGCGGCCGGUGCGAGCCAUGACGAGAAGCUGCGGAUGAAAGCCAUGUCAUCAACAUGUCCACACAUCAUCAUCAUAAAGUCAGCUGCACUUAAAGAGUACAUUGACCGCCGCUACAGCAAUUAAAACAAAAAAGCGACUAACACGUUUCGACCACGGCACGACGCACCGGCGACAGAACCUGGAGAACUCUGGGAGCUCGGAGGGGGGCAGCGAGAGGGGAUCGAGCAGCUGGAGCUGUCCUCCAAAAUCCACUCUGGCCGCUCCCAAAGUUUUCAACAACACCCUGGAGCCUCCGCUGUAGGAUACCAGCCAGUGGACAUCCAACAUCUUCACCAGGCUCUGACCCCCUUGAGACCCCCUCUAGGCCUGAAACUCUCCUGCCGAGACGACCGACAGCCUUAUCCUUCAAGGGGGAGGAGGCGGCUGAGCCCCAUGGCGUUGUGCCUUGGUCAGGUGUUCAGCAAAGACAAAACCUUCAGGCCACGGAAGCGCUUCGAACCCGGCACUCAGCGCUUUGAACUGUACAAGAAGGCCCAGGCCUCGCUCAAGUCCGGCUUGGACCUGAGGAAGGUAGUGCAGCUGCCCGAGGGCGAGUGCCUCGACGACUGGAUCGCCGUGCACGUGGUGGAUUUCUUCAACAGGAUCAACCUGAUCUACGGCACGGUCAGCGAGUACUGCACCGAGCGUACCUGUCCCAUCAUGUCCGGGGGGCUGAGAUACGAGUACAGGUGGCAGGACGGGGAUGACUACAGGAAGCCCACCAAGCUGCCCGCUCUGAAGUACAUGAACCUGCUGAUGGACUGGAUAGAGUCGCUCAUCAACAAUGAGGACACCUUCCCCACCAGAGUAGGUGUUCCUUUCCCCAAGAAUUUCCAGCAGGUGUGCAAGAAGAUUCUGAGCCGACUCUUCAGGGUGUUUGUGCACGUUUACAUCCAUCACUUUGACAGCAUCUGCAGCAUGGGCGCCGAGGCCCACAUUAAUACCUGCUACAAACACUACUACUUCUUCAUCUCCGAGUUCAACCUCAUCGACCACUCUGAACUUGAGCCCCUGGGCCGGGGCUGCCAAAAAUACCUGUAUGGGCCGCAGCGAAAGAGAUGACCGAGAAGAUUUGCAAUUAAAGAUGAAGAGAAAUGCUCACAUCCAUGGACUCAAAACAAAGCCAGUCUUUCACAUAAAUGUACAGUAUUUCAUUGUGUGUGUGUGUGUGUGUGUGUGUGUGUGCGUGUGCGUGCGUGCGUGCGUGCGUGCGUGUGUUUGCGCGCGCACGUGUGCAUGUUUGGGUGUGUAGUAAUGUGAAUUUUUGCAAUCCCACCACACUUUUUCAAGUGGUGUCAACCUGUGUUUACUGAAAGGUAAAAAAUGGUGCUUGAGCUGGUUGAUAAUAAUAGUUUGAAGCUAAUUAUUUUGCAUGUAUUUAUGAUAGGUAUUUGUUUA